UCCUCAGUGAGUUUUUCCGGUUGAUGCAAAACGUAAACGAUGUGGAAAACUUUUCUUUUAUUUAGAAUCUAAACACUUUUAUUCUAUUUUAUUUUCACUCUUGAGUGUCGCAGAGUAGCCUUGUCAUUGACGUCACACACGCAGGAGUUUUCUGAUGACAUCACAAGGCGGAUAAGCUCUGUGAUUGGUUAGAGGUCACGAGUGCUCGUACAUUCAUGAGAAAGCGCCAUCGUAAGUAUAGUAGUAGAGGAAAUUCAAGGCUUAUUCCCGCUUAUUGACAUCCAGUAUCGAACGGUGAAGUUUUUGACGAUAAGACGUGUUUCAAGUUAUGCUGUAAGUGGUUUCGUUUUUUGUUGUUUUCAGUUCAACAUCUUUCCUUUCGGCCUAAGCUGAAAGAUAUUAUGCCGUCCCGGGACUUUGUUGAGGAUCAAACAAUAAUGAUUCAAUCAAUUUCUGCUGAAAAUGUUGCAGAUUCCAUGAAAAAUUUAACAUCGGCUCCUCUUCUAUUAGUCGAUUGCCGUACACAUACAGAUUUUGCCGUAUCUCACAUCAGAGGAGCGAUUAAUUUAACUUUGCCAGCUUCUAUAAUCAUGUUAAGAAGACUUGCUAAUGGUAAAGUCAAAGUGUCCAGUUUGAUUGCUAAUAAUGAUUCUAAAGAACAAUUUAUGAAAGUUUGGAAAGAAGCAACUUUAGUACUAUAUGAAUCUGAUUCGGACACAAAAUCGCGAGUAUUUGAAACUCUUGUUUUACGAUUGCAAAACGAAGGAUGUAAAGUUGUAUCCUUGCAAGGAGGCUUCAACAACUUCAAAGCACUGUAUCCAGAAUGGUGUGAAUCAGAAUCAUCUGAAGAAUCUAUACUAGGACUAAUGGCUUUAAGAAUAAGUUCUGUGAUGGACACUCGUCGUUCAGAUCCAGAUAGUGGAAUAGGAGACUGUUCCGUGGGAACUCCGCCGUUUCCUGUAGAAAUCUUGCCAAAUCUAUAUUUAGGAAACGCUAGUGAUUCCUCAGAUUGGUCAGCCCUUGAGAAGUAUGGCAUCCAUUAUGUUUUGAAUGUGACCCCUAACUUGCCAAAUACAUUUGAAAAAACUGGGUCCGGAAUGAAAUACAUGCAGAUCCCAAUCCAGGAUCAUUGGUCGCAAAACUUAUCAACGUUUUUUCCUCAAGCUAUAAAAUUCAUAGAUGAAGCUAGGAAAAGGAAGUUGGGAGUUUUAGUUCACUGCUUAGCUGGUAUAAGCAGAUCUGUCACAAUAACUUUAGCUUACUUGAUGCAUGAAUUGAACAUUCCUCUGAAUGAAGCUUAUGACUUUGUUCAACGUAGAAAAGCGAAUAUAUCUCCGAAUUUAAACUUUCUAGGACAGCUGAAAGACUUUGAAAGGCACCUAAACUUGAAUUCCUGCAAUUGUCUAAAAUCUCCUUGCCAUUGUCGAAGUUCACGAUUUUCAGUUGGUUCCACUCCUGAUUCUGCCAUUACUUCAGACAUGUGGACAUAAAAAUAAAAGGAGUAGGGAUGAACUGUAACUCAUGCAACUCAUUGAAUUUCUUGGCAAUUGGAUUAGAGUCAAAUUGUGUCAAGCUCAUAUGUGUUCCGUCAUCAAAUCCUGUCUUACAAGUCAGACUAUCAAACUAAAUGCUCACCUUUGCUAAUGUGAGAUCCUGCGAGCUUUUGAUUAAAAUAAAUAAUUGUGCUUCCUUUCAUCCUUAAAAAGCAUGAUUGAAAGUUACAUUAAAAUGUUUUAAAAUUGAUUGUUUUAAAAAUAUUUAAUCAGAAACAAAAAUAUUUAUUUUAGAAAAAUGUUAUUUUAUAGUCUUUUUUUACAAUUGAUUAAAGUAUAUAUCUGUGUUACUAAUACUACGUUGUAGUCAAACGAACUGUUCUAGUCCUACUGCCAAUUCAAAGUAUACUUUUUGAAAAAGUUCGGACAUAAAUGUUUUUAAUAACUAACAUUGUUUGCGAUAUUUUUGUAUUAAUACUCUAUUCAUUGAAUGUUUGUGAAUAAAAAAUUUCUAUAUUUAAAUGAAAUGAGACUAUUGAAAAUGCUACAUAUUGAGAUGUUAAGUUGUUGAUAAAGAAGUCGCACAUUGUACUUGUACUAUGUUGAAAAGUCCUAAAUAUUAGAUUUUAACAUUCCAUGUAGUUAUUUUUAUUAGUUGAGUUAUGACGAUGAAAUGUUUCGAAUUUUUCUGUAGAGUUUUAAAAUGUUGAAAAAAAUUUGAUUUGUGCUAAAAUAAAUAUUUUAUAUAAACUCUGA